AUGAAUCCGAACGCAGAAAAUCCCCGCCUCACCGAAGUUGAAUCAAACCUCAUUGGGCUUCACAAAGAUCUCAUCUCUAUCGAAUCCAUUACUGGCAAUGAGUAUGAUAUUGGUCAAUAUUUGUAUUCUUAUCUUUCAUCCCGCAAUUUUACAGUUGAAACUCAACAUGUCUCUCCCAUCCAGUCAGUAUCCAAUGUCCAGAACGUGCAUGACAAAUCACGACUCAAUAUCUUCGCAUAUAAAGGGACAACACGAAAUACUAGACUUUUAAUCACAAGUCAUAUGGAUACGGUCGGACCAUACAUUCCAUAUUCACGUUCCUCAGAUGGAGACGAGAAUAAAAUUUGUGGUCGAGGAAGUACCGACGCCAAGGGAUGUAUUGCUUCUCAAAUUAUGGCCGUUGAAGAAUUGAUAGCUGAGGAUUUAAUUCAUGAGGGUGAUAUCGCAUUACUGUUUGUGGUCGGGGAGGAAACAGACGGUGCUGGUAUGAGAAGAGCCAGUGAGAUAUUCCAGCAAGAUGGCAUUACAUGGGAGGGUGUCAUUUUCGGGGAACCAUCGGAGCACAAACUCGUUCUUGGACACAAAGGUGCGCUAGCGUUUGAGAUACUUGCUCAUGGGAAGGAUGCCCAUAGCUCCUAUCCAGAAUUGGGAAUAAACGCAAUUAGUAUUCUGAUAAAGGCACUAGCCGAGAUUGAUAGAAUGAGACUACCUGGGAGUGUCAAGUUGGGUGAAACGACCACAAGUAUUGGGAUGAUACAAGGCGGUGUGGCAUUGAACGUCAUUCCGGCAACAGCAUCAGCUUCCGUCUUGACAAGAUUGGCAGCCGGAACACCGGAACAAGCUAUGAAAAGGAUCGAAUCUAUCAUCGCGAGCCUCGAUAUCGAUGAGGGGAGUGUGGAGGUGAAGCUUGGUCGUCAUUUCGGUCCUGUGGACUGUGACGUUGAUAUAGAUGGUUUCGAGACGGAUGUAAAGCGAGGAGGAACUGAUGUUCCAAACCUGAAAGGAAAUCAUAAGCGUUAUUUAAUCGGACCUGGAUCUGUAAUUUCGGCACAUUCGGAUCAUGAAUGUAUAACUGCUGAUGGGCUUGCUAAAGGUGUAGAUGAUUAUAAGAGAAUCAUUAGAAGUCUUAUUGCAAGAUAA